CAGGUGGGGCCGGGGGGGCGGCCCGCUGCCGCCGCUUCCGGGCCCCUCCCUCCCGCCGCGGGUGCCACGCGCUUCCUCGUCUCUAUGGUAUCAACUUCCGCCGCCGGCCGCCCCUCGCGAGAUUUCGGCGGCGCAGCCAUGGCGAGACCAUGCCGCGCCACUGCUCCGCCGCCGGCUGCUGCACUCGGGACACGCGCGAGACGCGCAACCGCGGCAUCUCCUUCCACAGGCUGCCCAAGAAGGACAACCCGCGGCGCGGCCUGUGGCUGGCCAACUGCCAGCGGCUGGACCCCAGCGGCCAGGGCCUGUGGGACCCCGCGUCCGAGUACAUCUACUUCUGCUCCAAGCACUUCGAGGACACCUGCUUCGAGCUGGUGGGCAUCAGCGGGUACCAUAGGCUGAAAGAGGGCGCCGUGCCCACCAUCUUUGAGUCUUUCUCCAAGCUGCGCCGGACCGGUAAGACCAAGGGCCACAGCUACCCGCCCGGGGCCCCAGACAUCGGCCGGCUCCGGCGCUGCAGGAAGCGCUGCCCAGAGGGCCGAGGGCCCAGCACUCCGUUCCCGUCGCCUCCCCCCGCGGAUGUUGCCUGCUUUCCCGUGGAAGAGGCCUCAGCACCGGCCACUCUACCUGCCUCCCCCGUGGGGAGGCUGGAGCCCGGCCUCAGCAGCCCCUUCUCAGACCUCCUGGGGCCCCUGGGCGCCCAGGCAGACGAAGCGGGCUGCAGCACCCAGCCAUCACCGUCGCCAGAGCGGGAGUCGUCUCCCCUGGAGCCGCGGCCGGUCUCCCCUUCUACGUACAUGCUGCGUCUCCCUCCACCCGCGGGCGCCUAUAUCCAGAACGAACACAGCUACCAGGUGGGCAGCGCCCUGCUCUGGAAGCGGCGGGCUGAGGCCGCACUCGAUGCCCUGGACAAAGCUCAGCGCCAGCUGCAGGCCUGCAAGCGGCGGGAACAGAGGCUGCGACUGCGGCUGACCAAGCUACAGCAGGAGCGGGCACGGGAGAAGCGGGCACAGGCAGAUGCCCGGCAGACUCUCAAGGAGCACGUGCAGGACUUUGCCAUGCAGCUGAGCAGCAGCAUGGCCUGAGGGAGCCACUGGACCAGGCUUGACAGACUGCCCUGCCAGGCCACCCUCUGAAUCUACCUGCCAGGGUACCCAACCAAUUCUUCGCCUACCAGAACCAUGAGAUGCUGUAAUAAAGUGGGUUCUAGAAGGAGGACCUGCUAUAUGACUCGGCUGGAGGUUGGGGGCUCCUCUCUGGGUACCAGGUUCCUUUCCCAGGCUGGACCAUGGCCCUGAGAGGGAUCACACAGGAUCAGCCCAACUCUUGACUGUGGAAGGCAGAAGGUCCCCAAUCUAUGCACCCCACCGGGCAGCAGGAGUAAGACAUGGAGCAAGGCCAAGCACCCUUUUCUUGGCAUCUGAAACCUCCAUGAUGUGAGCGAGCUUGCUCUCUGGAAAUACUCAGUCACCAUGGGGGUACAGCCAGUUUCCAUCCACAGGCCUGGCCUGCCCAGUGUUGGCCAGGGGCUCUGGCAGCUGGAACCCUGCA